AUGGGUGUUCGGCCAUUGCAGAAACGACAGAGGACCGUGGAGGACUUCAACCAGUUCUGCACCUUUGUGUUGGCCUACGCAGGCUACAUCCCCUACCCUGAAGAGAGGACCGUGGAGGACUUCAACCAGUUCUGCACCUUUGUGUUGGCCUACGCAGGCUACAUCCCCUACCCUGAAGAGAACCAGCCCUGGACCCACGGAGGCAGCAUGAGCCCCCAGAACAGCACAGGGAGCACUCAGGACAGCGAUAGCUGGGCCUCGUCCCACUCCUCUGACUGCCAGGUCCUGACGGACGACGGCAGGAGCAGGAACGCCGUGGCCUUCUAUGAUGUCCGGCCCCAGCAAACCAAACGGAAGAAACCGGCAGCGAAGAAACUCGUUUUGGAGCAGGAGGUGGAGAAGAAGGUGCCGCUGAGCAUGGGAAAGGGCUCUGGGGCAGAGCAGGACGGAGCGAAGGAGCUGGCUGCGCUGGAGGGACAGGUGCCACCCGUGAAAGAGGAGCUCUUGGAGCCUUCCCUCAACCCGGCUGGGGACCCCCAGCCCAACUCCCUCCUGGAGGAGCUGAUGAAGGAGGAGAAGGACUGGACGCGUGGAGCACAGGGGACCGAGAAGCCGGCAGGAGAUGAUCCUCAGCUGAAGGAGCACGACCCCUGCUCUGGAGGGAGGAAAAGCCCCAGUUCUUGUAGUACCUUGGACCAAAGCGAAGGGGAAGAUGCAAGCCGAGACGACGACGCCUGGGAUCUGAUCACCUGCUUCUGCCUGAAGCCCUUCGCAGGGCGGCCCAUGAUCGAAUGCAGCGAAUGUGCUACCUGGAUCCACCUCUCCUGUGCCAAGAUCCGCAAAUCCAACGUGCCUGAGGUUUUCAUCUGCCAGCGAUGCCGCGACGCCAAGCAGGAGAUUCGCCGCUCGAACCGAGCUCGGACGGUGCCCCGCAAGCGCUUCUGUGACUGA